AGUUAUCAGCUGUUAUUCAAUGAAUAGUGUUGUAAUUGUGUGGACAGAACGUGCUUAAAACUCAGCAACAUACUUGCAAUUAUCAAAUGAACUUAUAAAUUAUGCUAUUAUUCUGUCCGACUUGCGGUAAUAUAUUAAUGGUCGAACAAGAUACAACAGGACACCGCUUUACUUGUAGUACGUGCCCAUAUAUUUGUAAUAUCAAGCGAAAAACUUCAACACGAACAUUUCCACGUCUUAAGGAAGUUGAUCAUGUUAUGGGUGGAGCAGCAGCUUGGGAGAAUGUAGAUUCAACUGGAGUCGAGUGUCCCGUUUGUUCUCAUAAAAAAGCUUAUUUUAUGCAAAUGCAAACUCGCUCUGCCGAUGAACCUAUGACAACAUUUUACAAGUGUUGCAAUCAACUUUGUGGCCACAAUUGGCGUGAUUAAAUAGUCGAUUUAUGUAUUAAUCCAAUUUGCAUAUGCUCUCAUAAUACAUUGGAAUGAAUACAAGAAUAUCAACGUUUCUGAGAGUUUUCUAUCAUCAUAAUUAUAAACACGAUUUUUCCACGUUCACAAAAAUGUUACAACCUCCAGGGAAGAAAAUAUACAAAGUUCAAGAUUUACAAGCGUUGCACAUAGCGGUUGAAUGUAUCUUAGAUGGAGCAGUAAUUGGCUUGCCCACAGAUACUGUGUAUGGAUUAGCAUGCAAUGCGAAUAAUGAAAAGGCCAUUCAAAGACUGUACAAUAUAAAGGGACGCGAUUGUUAUAAGCCAGUAGCUAUAUGUGUGAAAAAUGUGGAGGCCUUUCGGCAGUACGGAAUCGCAGAUCAUUUAAAGGACUCAUUACUUCAACGUCUGCUUCCGGGCCCAAUUACAAUAAUCAUCGAACGUUCAAAGCAUCUUACUAAUCGUUUUUUAAAUCCCAACACAACAAAAAUUGGUAUACGCAUUCCGAAGUUUACUUUUAUACAUCAGUUAUGUUCAUUAUUUGAUGAACAACCACUUGCAUUAACUAGUGCUAACCGAUCCGCCGGACGUAGUAGUUUAAAUAUAAAUGAAUUCGAAUCCUUGUGGCCUAAACUUGGUGGAAUAUUUGACGCAGGUCCCAUAGGUUUAACUGAUGAUCGGCGUUCAGGAUCCACUGUAGUUGAUUUAUCUCAACCAGGUGUGUACGCAAUAAUUAGAGAAGGCGUAGCCCUUAAAAGUACUGUAGAUAUUCUACAUGAAUUUAACAUAAAACCAAAUAAAAUAUAUUAAAUAAAAUGCAUUCUGGAAAAAUACAAAAUUAGAAAA